AUGAUCAGCUUGCAGCAGCUCUCUGCUGCUCCUCUGCUUCUACUACUACUUCUGGUAGAAGUUGUCUCAGGGCAGGUCCAGCUUGAGUCCCACUCCUUCACUCAAGCUUUGGACCGACGAGUUUUCAACAAGCGUUGGAAUGCCAUGGGCACAUGCGUCCUCGAGAAUGAUCAUAUUCUGCUGACACCAAGAACGGCGGAUAGAUUUGCUGCUCUCUGGCAUAAGUCCCCCUUGCGCACUGAUAAUUUCGAGGCUACCUUCACCCUUGAUCUCAAGAACCCUCCUGAUGGAACGGAUCCUAAGCAUGAGCAAGGGUUCGCCUUCUGGUACGUUUAUGAUGAUCCUACGACUCAAUACCCGAGUGACGUGCGACACUGCAGUGAUCGCUGCACGGCUCUUCUCGAAAAUGCUGGUCUGGGCCUGAUGGGCUAUAAGAGUAACUUCAAUGGUAUGGCAAUAUUUUUCCCCAACAACCGUUUUGUUGACGGACGGAUGGAUCUACAGCCGAGUGCUUCUCUUGCUAUGAACGACGGCUCGCUCAUCUUCAAUCGCCAAGUUGAUCUCCCAACUGGUUAUGGCUCAUUCUGGGACUACAGGAACCGCAGGUUGACGGUCCAGGUCAGAGUUCAGCCUGAAUCGGUCGUCGUGCAGGGACGUUUCUCGGAUACUGAUCCCUGGACACUACUGAUCAAUUAUCAAGUCAGUGAUCCUAAUUUCCGAAUCCGGCCCAAUGGGUACAUUGGUAUUACGUCUCUGGUCGCGCCAGUUGGCGGGCAGAUCAUCAACUUAGUCGACUAUGUGGCGCUUAACAGUCUCAAUGUCGUCAAUUAUGACCCUGGCCAGAAGGGAGAGGACGCUGAGAUCGUUACCGAAUCCUAUGAUGACUUGUCACACCCCGAUCCUGUUAGAGACAAAGCUCUCGCCAGCUCACCAGAGGCCCUCGUAGCUUCGCUGGUUGACUUGAAGCUGGCUGCGUAUAAGAUCAUCACGGAGCUGGAGCCGAUGCGUUGGAGAACCGAACAAGGAAUGAAGGAGCUUCAGGCAAGUCAAGGAUAG